UUAUUAAUCCAACCAUUGACGAAAGAGAUUAUUAUUCUUUACAAUUCAAAAUUUUCUUUGUUGAAACAUAGCAAUGUUACAAAACCUGUGCCAAUUACACGCUUAAUUGAGCUUGUUUCCAUUACGACAUUGAUGUGUAAAAAAUAUAAUUAUAGCUACUUUUGCUGCUACUUUGUAACUAUAUGCAUAUAUUGGAAACAAUGUAUUGCCUGAUUUGUAGGGAUUGACUCACAAAAUUAUUAAAAAAAAAUUUUCUUACAGUUUAAGAAAUAUAAAAUCCUAGUACAAUUUCUGUUAGGAAUUACACGAUUACUAUUCAUUUCCAUUCGAACUUUGCUAUAAAUUGAAAUAAUUUCUUAAAAACUGGAAAUAUCGGUUAAAACAAAUCGAUCGGCUCAUUCCUAGACAUGUCGAAAUUGGCCUUGGACCCGACUAACCUCAAUGUUUAUCCCAAUUCUUAAUAAAAUUGCAAAAUGGCUUCACACUGGGAAUCCUUUUAUUCCACUCAUUUACCCCCGACGGAUUUCGAAGACAAUCGAAAGCUGCUGCAAGAAUUCUGCGAGAGGCAUAAUCGGAAUAAUGAACGCAUUGUACUGGUCACAUCGGGUGGAACUACAGUCCCUUUGGAACACAACACUGUGAGAUUUGUGGACAAUUUUAGUGCAGGCACAAGAGGUGCAGCCAGUGCUGAGUAUUUUCUUGAGCACGGCUAUGUGACGAUAUUCAUGCACAGAUUGAAAAGUUUAGAACCGUUUACGAGACAUUUUAACGGUCAAAAAUUUAUGGAUAUGCUGGAUUUGCAUGAAAGAGGACCGAAUACAUCGAUCACGGUUAAGCCGGACAGUGUAGAUGUUUUAGCACCAAUUCUGGCUAGCUACAAGGCAGCUCAAGACAAUGGUAAAAUAUUAUAUGUGAGUUUUACAACGGUAUCGGAUUAUUUCUGGUUAUUACGGGCGGCGUGCGAAUGCUUGGCCCAAUUUGGACCUAAAGCCCUGCUUUACUUGGCUGCGGCGGUGUCCGACUUUUACGUUCCGGCUAAUCAGAUGCCAAUGCAUAAGAUUCAGUCUGGAGGAGCAGCUCCUAACAUUCAACUGCAAUUGGUACCCAAGCUGUUAGCGCCGUUAGUUAGUUUGUGGGUGCCGCAUGCAUUUGUGGUAUCUUUUAAAUUAGAAACUGAUGAAAACCUCUUAAUUACGAAGGGUAGAGACGCUUUAAACAAAUACAAGCAUAAGUUGGUUAUUGGAAAUAUUCUUCAAACCAGGCGGACAAGAGUGGUAUUUGUGACUCCCGAUAAUAAUUAUGAACUGGUGAUGGGCAGGGAGCAAGUGCUGAGCGGAAUGGAAAUCGAAGAAAUUAUAGUAUCCAAUGUGGUGGCCAAUCACUUAGACUAUAUAAAGAUUCAGAAAUUUUAGAAAGAUGGAACGCCUUUAUACUUAACUGGUUAUUCCAGAUUAGCUGUACCAGUAAGUACAGUAGUACUGUAAGAUUAGAUAAUCACUUUUAUCAGGGUAACUAUAUAGAAACCUUUUAUAUCAGUAACUGGAGAAACUGACUUUUUCUAACGACACAUGGGCGAAUUUAUUGUAAUUAUUAAUAGGGCGGUUCAAAGGUUUGCUAGAAAUGUAUGUUCUACAUAUCUAAGGAGGGAUCAUACUAUACUUAAGGCGUAGCAAAACAUGUAGAUACUUCCAGUGCCAAACUUAUUCAUGUAUGCCUUUCUCUGAAUUUUCAGUUUGAACUAGGAAAUUUUUACUUUUUAGUAUUUUUUUGUAUUCAACGUCCUAGUUCGAAUUUCAAUAUCUAAACCCAUUUUAAAGUUUCCGUUUUUCCUUGCUGUAUUUCUUUUACAACUAAAUGGGCAAGUUUGUUUAAUCAUCAUUCGGACGUAAUUCUAGUUUAAAACAACAAACUAGCUAUAUAUACUAUUUAAGCGGAUCUAAGCUAAACGUUUUGAAGCUAUACCUGUAUAUUAUUGAACUGUAUUGGUCUGUCUGGUAUUUAUGUGACUAUCUAACUACUAUUGAUGUAUAUAUUUUUGAUUUUAUCUUUUAUACCUUUUGUACAUUCUUAUUUAUUAGUGAAGUAUUCCUUGUAAUUACGCAAUUGUUGUACCGCACACAAAUGUGUUUAAAUGUCUAUAUAAAGCAUAUCAAAGCGUUAGAGGCUGCAUAUGCAGGUACGCAAAACUGGGCAAUAUUUAAUUGCAAUUUGUUUUUGCUUUUGGACAAAUUUUUAAGUCAAGAUAUCGGCAUCUUUAAAGACACCAAUUUAUUUAUUUAGCAUUGCGUGUUUUCGGAUGAUAUUGAAAAGCUUUGCUAACUGAUACGUACAGGGUGUUAAAAAAUAAUCCGUUGGCUUAAACUAAAAUGAAAAGACUUAUGUUAUAGAUACGACUCGACUGUAAUUAUUAAAGAACAAAAAACACGACACAAAAGUUUAUAAGUAAGGAGAACACUGUUCGAUUCGGUUUUAUAUGAUACGUUCAGUGCUGAAAAUUACGACAGAUAAUAGUUUCUGCUAGAAAGACUAUUAUUAUUAGAAAGGAAGGAAGCUGGUGUGCAGACACUGAGGAAAAUUGAAUCAAACGAGAUAUUUUUUUUGUAAUAAAGCUUGUAUAUUGAUUCAGGGAAUUGGUUUAAUACAACCCUGGAAUAUUAAAUAUGGCCAAGCGUUUUCGACAAUUACGUCAUCAUCAAGGCCGCUAGAAACACAAAAGAGCAGCGAUUAAUAUCCUGGGGGAGUCAUAAAAAUGAAGGGUGGAAACUUACUCACUUAAUAACUUUACUAAUUUGAAUUUGGAUCGAUUAUAAUCGGAGCGCUUUGCUUCGUUUUCUAACGCCUUGUAUAUAUUAUACCAAUGAGUGUUUGUGCAUUCCACUAUUUUGUUCGUGUUACUAUAGAAUAUUAACUAAAUCCAGAACUUCACUGGAUUUAGAUGUUAAGUUUUUAUUAAUCAAAUUAAAAAAUCUGCCUAGUUUUGUAAGAAAUACAUGUUAAUAUAUUCUGUAUUUUAAAAA